AUGGGACAACGCAAACCUUUCCUAGGGCUUGAGGGGACUGCACUCUCAUGGGCAAUCAGCUUAACAUCUGCGAGUGCGUUCCUGUUAUUUGGCUAUGAUCAAGGUAUCAUGGGAUCCAUAAUCGCAACACCGUAUUUUUUGCAGGCUGUUAACAUCGAAGCAAGCGAUGCCGAAACCAUCUCCACGGUUGUGUCCAUUUAUGACAUUGGAUGCAUGGUCGGGUGCUUGGUAGCAGCUGUCUGGGGCGGUACCCUCGGGCGUAAACGGACGAUCUUUUAUGGAAUGGGGAUCAUGGUUGUUGGUGCCAUCCUUCAAACUGCAUCUUACAGUGUAGCGCAGCUGAUUGCAGGCCGAGUUGUAUCCGGAAUAGGAAAUGGCAUGAAUACCGGGACGGUUCCUGCUUAUAUCUCAGAGGUGUCGCGUGCACGUAGUCGAGGCAAACUGGUCGCGACCCAAUUAUCCAUAGCGGCUUUCGGCAUAGUUAUUGCCUACUGGAUGAACUAUGGCUUCUUUCAUCUUUCCGGACAGAUUUUAACGGUUGUAGCAUUUCAAAUUGUCUUCGCACUUAUCACUAUGUGCGUUAUCCCAUCAUUGCCAGAAAGCCCGCGUUUCCUGUACUCCAAAGGGCGCAACGAGGAAGCCGACAUUGUCAUGAGCGCCUUGAAAGCACUCCCACUGGAACAUGAAAUUGUUCAAGCGGAACGCGCCGAAAUCCUAGCAGCUAUUGCAUUAGAAGACCAUUUCGGGGAGUACAACAUCAAAACAAUCUUUUAUGACAAAUCUGGCCAGAAGAUUCCUCUUCGCAUCGGUCUCGUCUGCCUCAUACAAGCCAUUCAACAGCUCCCUGGAGUGAAUGUAAGUAUUCCCAAUGUCUCUUCGAUGCGCAACGACGCCCACUUCGGUGCCGUGUUGGUCGUCGGGGGUCGUCGUUAUCAUCCACCAUGGUUGAUUGGCGCCGAACUCUGUCCAGUUCGAUACAGGCAUGUUGGCUCGGCAAUGAAUGCCUUCACAAACUGGGCUUUCACUUUCAUUAUAGUCAAGACUGGUCCGAUUGGCCUGGCUGACAUUGGUUGGAGGCUGUACAUUGUGUUCAUUAUUUUCAUUGCAUUCCAAUUUCCAAUAGUAUGGUUCUUGUACCCUGAAACCAAGGGCCGAUCGUUGGAAGACAUCGAUACCCUCUUUGUAAAGGACGAGACUUUCACACAGACUCUGGGUGAAAAAUCGGAAAUGGUGCGCCAUCUAGAAGGGCAUAAGACCUCCAUUGCUGCGUAA